ACAAAAAAAAUCUAAAUUAGAAGCGAUAUCAGAUCAUGUUGGUUUUAUGUCUUUUUGUACGAGCAUUAUAACAAGAACGGUCUUUAAUAUAGAUGUAUCAAUAAAUAUCUUUGGCUGUCUCCUGCUGAUGACGUUUACACUUUGGCGCGGAAAUUUAUUUUGUAACCAAAACACGGGCGUCUAUGAACAAUGAAGAAACGACGAUCAGCAGUGGAUAAGAAAGAGACGAGCAUUUCAGCUCCUACCAAAGCAAAGAAGAGUCGCAGCAGCACUAACCCACCUGAGGAGACCAAUCAAAGUGUAUUUGCUCUGUUUCUUCGAGAAGCAGGUGUCACACUAAAUUAUGGUGGUGAAUCCAAUGAGAUUGCUGUUGACCAGGUCAUUUUUCAAAAAAGGAUCCAAAAACAGCUUCAAAAGAGCCCCAAGUACCCCGAUAUUGUAAAGGAGUUUAUCACAGGACUAGAGACUCAUAUAGAAGAUGCUGAGCGGUUUAAGAUCCUCCUUCUUCCCUGUGUCCCUCAGACAAAGAUGGAUGACUCCAGUUAUUCCAGCUCAUUUCAGGAAAGUUUACUACGAAUGCUUUUGGGGGUUGAGAUCCUGCAGACACUGAUAAUCAACACACUGCUAGAAAAGGUUCCCGAAUAUAUGUUAGAAGGAACAAGUGAUGGAGGUCUAAGCAUUCCUCGCAUGAUAAUUAACCAGCUCAAAUGGCUUGACAGAGUUAUGGACAGCAAGGAGUUGUCUUCUAAACUGAUGGAGCUGGUAUCUGUUGCCCCGGUGGAGGUUCAGAGGGACAUUAUCACCAGUUUACCCGAGAUCCUGGAAGAUUCACAGCACAACGACAUUGCCCGCGAGCUCAACUCUCUGCUCCAGGAGAACACCCAACUGACUGUUCCCAUCCUGGACGCUCUCUCCAGCCUCAACCUCAGCUCCACCAUACUAACAGAGGUGCGCACAGCUGUAAUGGCAACUCUGGCAGCUGUUCAACUGGAGGACCUCCCUGUGGUCGUCAAGUUUAUCCUUCACUCUAUUUCAGCGUCAGAUGCUCUGGAGGUGGUGUCAAGUCUGAGAAAGAAACUAGAGUUGGAGCAGUGCGUUCUGCCAUCAGUCCUACAAGAAUCUCAAAACAGAUUAAAGAAUAAAGCAACACAGGCGCCCAACAGUAAAGUAGCAGGAAAUCAGGACAGCAUAACAUUAAUUUUGGAUGGCAUAAAGACAGCUGUGCGAUUUCAAAAAACUAUAUCAGAGGCUUGGCUUAAGGCGAUUGAGACAGUAGAUGAGCCCGAGGACCAUAAGGUAGUUGAUCUAUUGGUCCUGUUUAUCCUUCACACCACAAACUCAAAUCAGAGUCGCAAAGGAGCCGAGCGAGUGAUGAAGAACAAAGUAAAGAGUGGACUUUUCCAGGAAACUCUGCUGCAGAAGACGUUCAAGGACUACGCUCAGGUGAUGCGAGUGUAUUUCCCGUCUAUAUUGGCUCUGGCUCAGGGUCUUCUGCGCUUUCAUGACCCCAGUGUGGUGCCCUUUGGGGGACACAUGUACAGACACUCCUUCACUGCCUUUGACUCCUACUGCCAACAGGAGGUAGUGGGUGCCCUGGUGACCCAUGUGUGCAGUGGAGUGGGGGGAGAGGUGGACAUGGCUCUGGAGCUGCUCUGUGGACUGGCCACUGAAAACCCCAAAGACAUGGCCCUCUAUGCCGUUUUUGUCAAGGGUAUUCUGGAUUACAUGGACAAUCUGAGCCCGCAGCAAAUCCGUAAACUCUUCUACCUCCUCAGUACUCUGGCAUUUGGAGAACAACAACAAGGCUCUCACAUCCAAGACGACAUGCACAUAGUGAUCCGUAAGCAGCUCUCCAGCACUGUGCCCAAAUACAAGAGGAUCGGCAUCAUUGGUGCUGUGAUGAUCAUCGGUAGCAUGGGGGCCUACAGGUCAAAAUGCAAGGAGACCCAGAAUGGUUCUUUACCACAAGACACUAAAAGACAGCUCACAGCCUUAUUGGAGCUGCUGCAGUCCAGUAGUGAAAGUUCUCCUGAAGCUGCUGCCCUGUAUUAUGACGAACUGGCAAAUCUCAUCGUCACCGCCAACCUGGACCCUCAUGUGCAGGAAAUGAUUGGAAAGAGUGUGCUAAAUGACUUCCAAGACGACUUUGUGGUGGACUUAAGCCCUAAUAUAUCAGGUUCCUUUCCACUCCCUGCUUGUUCCAUGUAUAACUUGGAUGAGGAUGACAGUCAAGAGCAGAUCGCCAUCAACUUACUCCCCCUGCUGGCCAAAGAGACACCGCACAAGGGAGAAACACAAAAGGAGAAUGAAAAGAAAGUGUCUGUGCUGUGUCUCUCUCCAUUUUUCCGUUUGCUGAGAUUGUGUGAGGAGAAAACACACAAAGGAGACCUGGAGGAGAUUGAUGCUCUUCUAGGUUGCCCUCUCAUUGUGACGGACUUGAAUGUAAUCGACAAAGCAGAAACUUUAUCCAAAUCAGAGAAGGAGUUUUUGUGCACGCUGCUCUUUCAUACCAUCAACUGGUUCAGAGAGGUGGUGAAUGCCUUUUGUAAACAAAAUGAUGCAGAGAUGAAAAUGAAAGUUAUGACUCGACUACAGAACAUCACAUAUCUUCAUACACAGCUGGAAAAGGCUUUGUCAGUUACUCCUGGUUAUAUUCCGCCUGUUGCCAACUUUGAUGGAGAAAUUAUUGAAGGAGUUGUUCCUAAUUCUGUGGCUACUGUAAAUAAAGGAAAGAAGGAAAGUGCAGGAAAGAAAAGGAAGGCUCCUGGAAAGACCCCGUCUCAAAGCAGCUCUCAACAUGAUGAGUCAAACAAUGCAGAAGAGUCUCAACAGGAGCCUGUGGAGAAGCAAAAGGAGAAGGAGGUGAAGCCUGGUGCAGGUCUGGGUGCAUACAGGGCCUUCUUUAGAGAGCUGGACUUUGAGGUGCUCAGUGUGUUACAGUGUGGCCUCAUCUCCUGCUCUCACCUCAACUCCAGAAUGAAUACAGAGGUAAGGGAGGAGGUGUUACUGGGUCCUUCUGAGUUGGUGUUUUUAUUGGAGGACAUGCUUCAGAAAGUGGAGUUCAGCCUUCACGCUUCACCGGCAAAGAGAGCUCCUUUUCUCAAGGGUAAGGUUGACAAAAGUGUAGGAUUUUCUCAUCUCCAACAAAAGAGCCCCAAAGACAUUGCAUCGUGUUGUGUGCAGCUGCUGCCUGCGCUCUGCUCACAUCUGGAGAACUGCCAUAACUACUUCCAGACUCUGCUCUCUGAGAACAAUGGAGUUGUGGAUGGACCUGCCACAGACUCACAGGAGUAUCACCUCAUGUCUCAGUCCUACCAGCUCCUUCUGCAAAUCCUCAACACCAUUUUAAACUGGUCUGGAUUUAGUCAGCCUGGUCAGAGGAACUCACUGAAGAAAGCACUGGAAGUUUUUGCUGGACGACUGAAAGAAGAAGAGACUGAGCUGAGCCUGGAGCAACUGGUGAAAUGCAGUUUUGAGUAUUUGCAGAACUUCAGGAACACGAUGCCGAGUCUGAGCACAGCGCUGUGUCUGAUGCAGCUCCUGUCGACAGUGUCUGAGAAAGGAGGGCACGCUGCCACCUACAGGAAACAGAAAGCCUCUCUUGCUCGCCAAUUCCUAAACCAGGAGUGGGUCACAGCAACGGGAGAGAGAGAAAAAGGGACCAAAUUCAAUGAAACCCUCCACACUCUUCUCAGUUUAUACUUGGAGUAUGUAGAUGACGUCCUGAAGGCAGUGGAGGAAAUCGCUGGAGAGGGAAUUUCUGAACUCAUAAACGCAGCGAAAGAUGAAAGCUCUGCCUCUUGGCCUACGCUACACAGACAAACCUUUCUUGUGUAUUACAAAGCGUUAAUGGCUAUUUUGGAAAAAUCAGUUCGGAGGAUUCCAGCUGCAAAAAUGGGGGACAAUGUUGAGAUUCAAAGUGAGAAGCUGUUGACGUGGAAUUUGGCUGUUCGAGACUUUCAUGUCCUCGUCAAUUUAGUAAAGGUUUUUGAUUCAAGGCCAGUACUUAACGUGUGCCUAAAGUAUGGGCGUCUUUUCCUGGAGUCAUUCUUGAAGUUAUGCAUGCCACUUCUAGACUGCAGUUUUAAGAAGCAUAAGGAGGAUGUCCAGAGCUUAUUGAAGACUUUUCAGCUCAGCACCAGACAGCUCCAUCACAUGUGUGGACACUCCAAGCUUCACCAGGACAUGAGUCUGACCAAUCACGUACCGGCGUUGAAGAAGAGCUUGGAACUGUUUGUUUACAGAGUGAAGGCCAUGCUCACAAUCAAUAAUUGUCAGGAGGCCUUCUGGAUGGGCAACCUCAAGAACAGGAACCUCAAGGGAGAGGAGAUUCUUUCCCAGAAGUCUCAAGAUAGCGAUGAUGAGGAAGACGAACAACAGCCCCUUGAAAAUCAAGAUCAGGAUAACGAGGUUCAGGAGAGUGAUUCUGAGAGGACAAACAUGGUGGAUGAUGACUCGGACUGAAAGAAAUGCGCUUCCAAGAUUUAAAGUUUCAUUUAAAAGUUUCUUAAACAACAAAUAGUGGUCCUUCAUGUUACCACAUGACACGCAAUACACAAGUCCACAAUAUACAAAGAAAUGCAAUAAUUAAAUUUUUCUUGCGAUUUAAAAAUUAUCUGUGAAUGUUAAAAAUGUUGCACUUUCUUGUUUAUUAAUACUACUGUAAGUAUAGCAUCUUCUUUUCGCUUUUAAAUGUAUUUUUAUGUUUCUUUAAGUCAACUGUGGGAAACAAAUCCCAAAGAAAACUUAAAACAUCAAAAAUAAACUUUUCGCCAAAAAAAAACUUAAAA